CCCAGAAUCCUUGUUCUUCUCAGAAGAUAUGGAGAUAACUGCUUAUGGCUCCAGUGGCAAAGAACAAUGUCUAAUUGACAGUGCCACAACGCACACCAUUUUGAGAAACAAAGAAUAUUUUUCUCAAAUGACAUUGAUGGAAACUAAUGUCAAUACAAUAUCUGGUGUUGCAAAGCUCAUUGAAGGGUCUGGAAUGGCUUGUUUA